GGGAGGAGCCUCAAGUGUGGUUUACAUGGGAUAGGAUAAACAUCAUUAACUGUGGCAACUUAAAUUGAUAUGUAUAUUUAGUCUGGGGUUUGACUUAGGAGACUUAAGCAGCAGCAGCAGCAGCAGCAGCAGCACUGAAAAUAUUUCUCACACUAUCAUACACAUGGAUCUGACAGCUGAGAGUCACUCAAUUCCUCUGAGUGAUAGGAACAGCAUACCCUUGAUAGGACUGGGAACUUACGGGGAUCCUCACACGACCCCUAAAGGGACUGCAUAUGAAUCAGUCAAAGUGGCUAUUGACACAGGAUACAGACACAUCGAUGGGGCCUUGCUCUAUUUCAAUGAACAUGAGGUGGGACAAGCUAUAAGAGAGAAAAUUGCAGAUGGAACCGUGAAGAGAGAGGAUAUCUUUUACUGUGGAAAGCUGUGGAACACAUUCCAUCCUCCAGAAUUAGUACGACCUGCUUUGGAGAAAACCUUGAAGACAUUAAAGCUGGAUUAUGUUGACCUCUACAUUGUCGAAAUGCCCACAGCCUUCAAGCCAGGAGAUACUUUAUAUCCCAGAGAUGAGAAUGGGAAGAUAAUUUAUCACAAGACGGAUCUUUGUGCUACAUGGGAGGCUUUGGAGGCUUGCAAAGAUGCUGGACUAGCAAAAUCUCUUGGGGUAUCCAACUUCAACAAGCGACAACUGGAACUGAUCCUCAACAAACCUGGGCUGAAACACAAACCAGUGUCAAACCAGAUUGAAUGCCAUCCCUAUUUCACUCAGCCAAAGUUGUUUGAGUACUGCCGGCAAAAUGAUAUUGUCAUUGUGGGAUACAGCCCUUUGGGGACAUCUAGAGAUCCAUCCUGGGUAAACCUAAAAUGCCCCCCAUUGUUGGAGGACGAGCUACUGGUAUCACUUGCUAAAAAGUAUAACAAGACCACAGCCCAGGUGGCCUUGAGGUUCAACGUGCAGAGAGGAGUGGUGGUCAUCCCGAAAAGCUUCAACCCUGUUCACAUAAGGGAGAACUUUCAGAUAUUCAGCUUCUCUCUUUCUGAUGCUGAGAUGAAGGCGAUUGAGAAACUGAACAAAAACAUUCGUUUUGUGGAACUUCUCAUGUGGUCUGAUCAUCCAGAGUAUCCAUUUCACGAUGACUUCUAGACGGCAUAGACGUCAAGACUCAAUUUGAUAAGUUGGCUUGUUAACUUUGUUGCUUUUACGUUGUGCCUCAACUUUUAUCCUAUCCCAUGUAAACCACACUUUAUAUUUGUACAUUUUAUUAUAUUCAAGUGUUACAUUAAUUGAUUGGUCAAUUAAAUGAUAUGUGACUUUAAUAAAACAGAAAAUCUGUAUUUUUCAGUUUUGUGUGAAUAUACAUUUGUCUUUGUGAUUGAUGUAACGAAUGCAUCAAGACUGCAACCCCGACGACUUUUCAUCUGAGACAGAAGUGCUAUAUUGUAUGUCUGCUGUAAAGUGAUCUAGAAACAUCAACAGUAAACAUGAUGGACAUAGUGUAACAUGAAGACGACAUAUUAUUAUUAUUAUUGUAAUGAAUAUGACAUUUUAAAUUGACCUGUAAAGUCAAAUUAGAUCACAUAUUGGCCUGAAGUUCGGGUUUUUCCAGCAGUUGGCAUCCUUUUAUUUGCAUUACUUGCUCCUUUUAACUUUACUUGUCCACUGUUUUCUACUUUGUUACAGUCUUAUAAUUAGUCCAGUUGCUUUCAAAUACCAAAAUAUCUAAUUUUCCCCACCCUGCAGCUCCCACACUCAAACACAUCUUUGAUCCUGGCUUCCAUUCCUCCUGUGAUCAUACCCCUUCUUUCUGUUUCAUACGUCUACACCUUUAUCUCUUCCUCUUAUCACGUUCUCCUGAUACUGUUGCAACUGAUUGACUGAUAAUAAUUUCCACAUCCGAACUACCUCCUUCACCAACUUGUCCAUGUUUUCAUUUCCCUGGAUUCCUAAAUGUGCUAGUUGCCACAUGAAUACCAUUUCUUUCACCUGGCAGGCUAAUCUUGAAUUAUCAGUGUGUUUGAUACAGUAGUUCUUGACGGGUUCUUGCUGAUCCUGUUUUGAUAUUUGAUUGUGCUGACUACAGAUGCGUAUUUAACUUCCUAUCCCAACCCCAUUCUCAAGUUAACAAUACAAAAGCAAACAAAUAAGAUACCACGGUUGUCAGUCCUGUCAGUAUGCUGUGAAAUAUAUCAUUUAUCAUAACUGAGAAUAAUACCUUCUCUCCAUUAUAUAUUUUGCACUAAAAGCCACUGUUUCAUCUUUAACCUGUGCUUUUCUGGCCUCAUCCUCCAAACACAGAGCCAGGUUCACUGUGCUCUUGCCUGUUCUAAAUGCAUGAGAUUUUCAUUAACCAUCCCUUCUAUUAGUUUACAGUAACAUGUUGUUACAGCUUUUCCAGAGCUCAGAACAGGAUACUUCCAAUUCAACCUAGCCUACCUCCCAUUUAAUUUAAUAUUCCCCAGACUUCUCCUAUCGAACUCGUGCUUCCAUUUGACACAAAGAACUUCCUUCAUGUGCUAUGUCUUAUUAGCAUCAGAUCUAGAACAUAUUCCUUUGCAGAAUUUUUACAUCUAUUCUUAUGUUUCUGCCAUCAUGAAUACAAAAAAAGUUGUUUCCCAUCCAACAAUUCUUCCACUACCCGUCCGUUACGUGCAUUAAAGUCUCCACACCACCCAAUGCUUCUCUGUUCAUUCAUUCAUUCUAUUUCCAUAAGUCUGUUAAGAAAUAGCUUUCUGCAAAGAUUAUAAACAAAUCACCAGUUUCCUUUUUUCUGUCCACUCACUUCAAUAUACAUCAAGUCGGUUACAAUAUGAGUCGUUCUAAACAUGACACAACUCACUCUUGCCCCAUCUUCCCUGUCCCAUCUGAUUGCCACACUCCCCUUUAUUAUGAAAUCUACACUACAUUGGCCUGAAUACUUUCUCACGUACUUCUUCCCCCUAAACCAUUAUCGAGAUGAUGGACUACUGCUUUGACUAUAAUCUGGAUUCUUUCUAUUUUAGAUUUAACCUCUGCAAUCUUCAUCUGCACUCUUUGGAUGAACGUGACCGUCUUCUUUUUCUCCUCCAACAUUUUCUUUUCAAAUUCUUACACUCUUCUUUACAACCAAUUUGUCCCUCCCUGCCCUUUUUCUGGCCUCUGCAUUAAAAAAAACUUCCUCUUUUUCUCCCUCCCUGCCCUUUUUCAUGGCCUCAGCAUGAAAAAAAAACGUCCUCUUUUACUCAUAUCCGAUCAUGAUUACCACCACAGCUUGCACACUGUAUUGGCUUUGGGACAAAUUCCCUCAAAAUAUAUGUAAUAAACCCAAAAUAAAGUUCUUUUGGGAUAACAUUGGCAUUAAAAGACACACUUUUUUUUUUUUUUAAACUAACUGCCUCAUGUUGCCACCCUGUUAUCACCCUCUUACCUCCACUGGGGCUCUGUUAUCAGACCUUCACAGUCAUGUGUAGCCUUCAUAUUUUUUUCUUUCUCAACUUGGUUAAAAAAAAAU